AUUGUUGCGUGGCGAAAAAACUCUGCUAGGGUAGAUAGGUGUUCCUACUGCAAUUUCACAAUGGAGUUCGUAACGAUAAUGUUCUGUUUGGUGGUCUUGAGUUUGCUUGCGUACAUAGCGGUAAACCUCGCCGUAACAGACCGGGGCCCACUCCAUGGGCUGUACGCUGUGCCCGGCCGGUGGUUCACGCUGAAGUUCUUGGUCAUGAGGUGUUUCGUUGCAUGGACUAGCGACAGAAAACACAACAUCCGUAAGAGGGCUCUCAAUUUUACAAUGAUGCAGAAGAAAACCAAAGAAGUAGCAAAGAUGGAGUCCUUCUAUGGAUUUGAAAUGGGCCAGAACUGUUUGUACAUCAACGGAAGCGACAAAGGCGGCGCAACUCGUCUGACAGUCCGGGUGACAAUCCAUCCAGAUGACCGGAGGGAGGUGUGGUUCCUGUUGAGAGUGCCUGGUGUUGGAGACCUGGUUCUACCAAGCCAUCCGGACUGCAUUGUAGACAACGUCCGCCCUGGGGACGGAUUCAUUGGAGCAGGACUGACCUGUACUGCCAUCGAUCCUUUAAAAACAUGGAGAAUUUCAUACAAUGGGCUUUGUAGGAUUGGCAUACGUAGAAAUUGGAAUGACGACGACCGGAGACCUUCGGUCCAUGUUCGAUGCAGCCUGUUGUGGAGUGCCUUCACAACGUUUUAUGAUUUCGCUUCAGACUUCAAUCCCAGUCUUGAAGCGGACAGUCUAGCAAAAGAACAAUGGACUCAAGAAUGGUUCGCCAAGCUCAAAAGCAUGCAGCAGGCGCACUAUACUCAGUUUGGUAUGAUCCAUGGAGUUGUUCAAGUUGACGAUGGAGAGGAGUCGAAAGUGGUCAUGCGUGGUGUCAAAGAACGUCUCAUAUGUCCUGAACAAUUGCGUGAUUUCCACACUCGUAUAGCAAACUACAUUGUCUUAGAGAAUGGUAACUGUUUAUACGUCGAAGCCUCAUGCUCACCUGGAUAUAAGUCAGACCAAAGAGCGGGCUUCUUGAUGAAAGUGGUUAGUGACGUCAUUCCUGCCUCAUCAGUCAAUCUCCCACUGUCCGUUCUGAUGGAGAAUUCAGAAGAAGUACCGAAAAACUUCACCUUUGACCUCCAUCUGGAAGAUGGGUUGAGAAUGGAUAUCAAAGUCACUACAGACGACACUAUGCACUUCAACAUGGGCAGCGACUGGUGUGUUCAGAUAGGCGAGGGAAUGGCCCGCUUUACUGUAAACGGUAUAGAUGGAUGGGGUGUGUGUCAGACACUUAGAAGGAAUGAUGGAGAGAAACGAAAUCUUGUUGAAGAAUCACUGCCCAGGCUGUACAGGGAGCCAGACGGUGUACCUCUGAAAGACAUGUCGGUGCUUGUCGUACCUCUGUCGGCGAGGGCGUGUCAAGUAUCAAAUCUUACUGGAGGGAAAGGAUCACAGCUUGCGAAACUAGUGGCUUUGCGAAAUCAAAUGCCUGUUGAGUACGAAGUUCCAGGUGGUUUCUGCAUUACAACAGCUGCAUUUGACAAACAUUUGAAGAACAACCCAGAUAUACAGAAGGCUGUGACAGAGCUGAGUGAAGUGUCUUGCAGCAUCCGGGAGGGGAAUCUACAGGAAGAAUGCGAAAGGGUCGUUGACUUGGUGUCUAAAACCAUCCUCUCCAAGGAUUUGAAAGCGGAGAUAUCUGGGAUAUUCUCGAUGAUGUUCGGGGACUUUGACAGCGCGGAGACAUUCGCAGUUCGUUCAUCAGCAGUUGGUGAAGAUAGUUCAUUGACCUCUUCCGCUGGCCAGAUGCAAACGUUCCUUGGUGUGAAUAGCUUGGCUAAGGUGUUUCAGGCUACACAGGAUUGCUGGGCAUCUCAGUUCUCAUUUCAAGCCGUACAAUACCGAAGGCAGUACGGUCAACCAGUUGACAUCGCUAUGGCAGUAGUUAUACAAGAAAUGGUUUCUGGAGAAAGUGCGGGUGUUGCAUUUAGCCGCGAUCCACUGACUGGUAACCCAACCAAGAUUGUAAUCAAUUCCAACUAUGGACUGGGAGAGUCUGUAGUUUCUGGAGUGGUAGAAGCAGACACGGUAAUACUACGGGUUGACCUCAACAAGUCAUUGACUGUAGAAAGCAAGGUGGUUGGACGCAAGGAAGAGGCCAUUUGCGUCGCAGGAGGAGGCGGAACUCAGACCAUCCACCAGACUGACAGUAAAUCAGCGAGUUGCUCAAUCUCAGAUGCGCUGAGCCUUAAACUUGGACGAGUUGCACUUCUGUUGGAUGAGUGUUUUUCUGAUGCCAGGGAUAUUGAAUGGGCCGCUGUUGGAGACACCAUCUAUCUGCUCCAGGCACGUGCCAUUACAACUGUCGACGUUCCAUCUCAGUAUGAGCUUCUUCAUGAGUUUGAUUCGGGUUUACCAUCGGACAAAGUUUGGAUGAGUACAGCCAACAUCCAAGAGAUGUGCCCAGGUGCAGUUUCUCCACUGACCACUUCGGCUUUCUUCACUGACUGUGACAUCAUAGAUCAGCUGAGUGGCCGUUCAUUUGAAAAGGCCAUAUCGUUCCCUGCAGUUCGACAGAUAGUUGUGUCUUACAACCAUGCCUUCAUCAGUCUCACCAAUAUUUUGACGACUUACCUGAAGAUGGUCCGGAUAUCCGGAAACACGUUUGGAGGAAUGCUAUUUGGAGCGCCGUUUGACGAAGAUUGUGUGGAAGAAGCUAAAAAGUUGACCCAACCUGCUGUAGCCGGGUGGCGCAUGUACCUGUACCGUCUCAAAUUUCUUCUGGCAGUCUUCUUCAAUAGGAAGAGGUUAGAAGAAGAGUUUUCUCGAGCUAACCAGCAUUUGACGCAAAUUUGGAAUACUGCACGGGAGCAAUUUGAGGACAUUUGCAAAUACCCGGAAUAUGGGUACAAGAUGCUACUUUAUCACGCCUUAGAAACCCACAAGUCAGCGGUCUUGCAGGAGACUACUGCGUCACUCAUCCGCAAAUACACGACUGAGGAACUGCUUUCUACUCACAUCUCCAUGUUGUUGUCCUCCUGCCCGAACGUUGAGAGUGCACAGGUGCCCUUGGCAAUGGAGAAAAUAGCAAAAGCCAUUCUGAAAGAAGAGAAGAGUGAAGAGUUUCAGGGGAUGACUCCCGACGAUGCCCUGGACUGGCUGCAGGGAGCAUCCGGCGGGGAAGCAGGGAUAGUGUUUGCUGACUUCCUUCGAUGCCACGGCCACAGAUGUAUCCGUGAGGUUGAGCUUCGGGAUAAGUCUUGGGGCAUGGAUCCAGUACAAGUGAUACCUUCGCUACAGGCAAUUCUAGCGACGGGUUCACACAAUUCAUCCGAGAGAAAACGUGUACUGAGUGCUGCUGAGGCAGUGGACCAGCUUGGUUUGGCUCUACCGUCAGUCAUUAGGAAAAUCUUGGUGAGUUAUAUUGUACCAAAAACCAGAAAGGGCGUAGCGUGCAGAGAAUCAAGCAAGUCCAUGUACAUCAAGAUCAAUCACAACCUGAAGGAGGCGUACUGGAGGUUGGCCAAUCUCAUGGUCAAAGAGGGCCGCAUUCCCGAUGAAGAUUUGCUGUUUUUCUUUCUUCCCAACGAAAUAGAUCGUCUCCUGACGGACAGAUCACCAGCUCUUAUCUCCAGAGCACUGCGGAGACGCCGUAUCUUACCUCAGCAGGACUCCAAGAGGUUUCAAUUGGUGUUUGCAGGUCUGCCACAACCGAUUGAGGAGGGUGUCGACCAUGAUAUCACAGAUGUCGAACUGAAAGGAACGCCAAUCAGUCAAGGAGUCGUCAAGGGCACGGCCAGGGUCGUGACAAAGCUGCAAGAUGCAGCCAACAUCAAGAAAGAUGAUAUCCUCGUGACUAGGAUUACUGAUAUUGGUUGGACUCCGUACUUCCCUCUCAUCAGCGGACUGGUGACAGAGAUUGGGGGCGUUCUCUCUCAUGGUGCUGUGGUGGCCCGAGAGUAUGGCAUUCCAUGUGUAGUUAAUGUGGAGCAUGCAACCUCCGUUUUCAAAUCUGGUGAUGCUAUUGUGUUGAACGGUGCACUGGGAACCGUGGAGAAAAAGAAAGACCACCAGUGAUGUCAUCCACUCAAUGGACGCCGCUGUCGAUAUAUCGACAACGCCAGUGGCGUAACUCUUUAUUAGGAAAAAAAACACUAGCUCAAAUACUUUCAAAAUGACAUUGAAAGCACCUGUUGGUCCCUCUGA